AUGCUGCCGCCGCUUGCAAUAGGCGAGCCGUCGGCCCAUGACCUUCCCAGACCAUAUGAUAGAGAUAGCCGGACCAGCGAGAAGAUUCUCUUGAUGGAUUUGGACGCAAUGCUGCCAUUGAGUUGCGAUUCAAGAAGGGUAAACGAGCUUCUUUCUCUUCAUCUGCAGAUUGGACUCAAGGACCUCAAAGAGGACUUCAUGGUGUUCUCGGAGGCCGUGGGAUCGAAACUCCAGCCCAUGGCUAGCAAGCAUGUAACUUGGAGAUCGAUCCCACUCGUGCGUGGCAUUGUAAUCGGGGCAGAACCCGACGACGAAGAUGACGGCGACGAGGACGAGGACGACGAGGACGACGAGGAUGACAAGGACGACGGAGAUUACGAGUACUACGACAUCCUCUCGCCCUUUGAUAUGAAAGAGGUCAGCGACACAGACAUAACCAGCGAGGAAGAUGAUGAGUCUAUGGAGCUGAUAAGUGCCGGAUUCGGCCACGACCUUGAGACGCUCAAACCCGCCGGUCUUCCGCUCUUGAGGGCCACGAAGGGUGAAGACGGCUUUGAGGAAGACAGGCCCGUCAUUUUCCAGAACGACUUCUUCGAGGUCCGCCGCUCCCCUGUAGCUGGCUGGGGCGCAUUUGCCACGAGGAAGUUGGACAAGGGAGACCAAAUCCUCGUUGAGAAGGCUCUCUACCAUGCGACCUAUGAGGACGUUGAAUCGUCUGUCCUGAGACUACCCGAGCACGAACAGAAGGUCGCCAAUGACUUGCAUGCCCAUUUCGGUCGCGAUGGAGAGAGCAAGGCGCAGGCUGUUUGGAACACCAAUGCGUUCGCAUCCAAGCUCCCCAAGGACACCGUCUCGACCCGUAAGAAGGGUUCGGGGGCGUGUAGGGAUGUUGCCGGCCUCUUCCCCAUCGCAGCUCGCUUUAAUCACUCCUGCAACCCCAAGGUGGGCUACAAAUACGAUGCGGAGGAGGAGGUACUGGUAUUUCAGGUCCGCGCUUGGGUUAUCGAGGAGGGAGACGAGCUGACCAUCAGCUACGGUAAAGAUCCAUCGGUGUUGUAUUAUAAGUUCGGAUUCAAUUGCGGAUGCGGAUACUGCGGCGGUUUCGACGACAGAAGGUGGAACUUCUAG